GGUUGCCCUUAAAUAGCGAUUCAGCAAAACACCUAUAGAGAGAACCAUACACUUAUCCGUGCAAGAACUAAGGAUAGAGCAAAGUUGAUAUGAAGGGUUACGAACCCCGUUCAAGCUCUUCUUGUGCAGCUUGCAAGUUCUUGAAAAGAAGAUGCAUACCCAAUUGUAUAUUUGCACCAUACUUUCGUUCUGACGAGUGCAAGAAAUUUGCCAAGGUUCACAAGGUGUUUGGAGCCAGCAAUGUGAGCAAGAUCCUCAUUGAAGUGCCAGAAGAGCAGAGGGAAGACACGGUGAAUUCACUGGCUUAUGAGGCAGAAGCGAGGCUUAGAGACCCAGUUUAUGGAUGCAUUGGUGCCAUAGCUCUUUUGCAAAGGAAGAUGGUGGAGCUUCAACAUGAUCUUGCCAUUGCUAAGGACCGUCUUGCUCGCUAUGCUGCUGCUGCUACCACCCCUUCCACUACUGAUAUCUUGAAUGCCCAUGUUAGUUUGCCACCUUUCCCUGAUAUCUUCACUACCACUGAUUUCAAUGACAGCUUCUGCCACAGCUCUUCAUCUCAAUCAUUGAGCAGACAUGAAACGGUGGAUGAUUUCAUUCAAAUCCCAUAUAUAUUUUGAUGUUAUGACCCCACCCCUCUUUCUCUUUUGUUGUAAUUGUUCUGAAUUCUCAUCAAUCAAAAGUAGCUACUGUGUUGUAUAUGCUAAUUAAAUAAGA